AUGGUUGGCAAAACGAUUGCAGUCUCGGAUAAUAAAUUUGCCGAAACCUCUAUACUAUAGUAAAUCAAUAAGAAAUAACUUAUGUUUACUAUGGGUCAAUAUUGAGAAUGUAAAGUUGAUAUCGAUGUUUAAAGAUAAAAAUUAUGAAGGGUAUCAAUAGAUGACAAAUCUUGAAUAAAUCAAUUAUUUAUAUUGGAAGGGAUGUUAUGGAAAUAAUAAUUAGAGGGUUGGAUAUUGGAUGGCUACAUGGGAUGGAGAGACUUUGACAAAUGUUGGAAUGCAUUACAACGACGAUGGUAGAAAGGAAGGUAAUUAGGUAGAAAUAGUAUCGACAGUUUGUACUUUAUGUAUUAUUUUUGAGUAUUAAAUAUUACAGCUUAAGUUUAUGAAAUAGGAGAGUAUGAGAAUGGCUUAAGAAAGGGAAGAUGGAAGUAUGUCUAAUUAAAUUAAAGAGAUGUAAUUAUUAUUCCUAACUAAAGAGGCGGUGGUGAGUAUUGUUAGUAAGGGGAAAAGAAAGGACUAUGGAAAGAACUAUAAAAAGGAUUUCAGAAUUGUACCUAGUUUUUUAUAAUGGGGAGGACAGGGGUUGUAAGAAAUUUGGUAAAUGGGAUUUUAGCUGGAUCAGCCCUAUUUAUAAUAAGCCAGAGUUGAUGUAAAAUUGAAUUUAAAGUUGAUAAUUAGUGGUAGCGAAUCAUAUGAUGAAAAAGGAAAUGUUAUUUAAGUAGGUCCUUAGAUCGAGUUGUAAGAUGAAUUUAAUGUUAAUUCUCAAAUAACUUAUAAUGGCGAAUAUAAAAAUAGGAAAAAGUUGGUAGAUGGGAUAUUAUGUAUAGGGAGCAUUCAAAUUAAUGUAAGUGUUUUAUGUAUCUACAUUCUAUUUAGCGGGAGUGGAUCCUAUGAUGAACUAGGCGAAGGGAUUAAAAUAGGUAAAUGGAUUGAGCUAUUUCAUGGAUUUUAUAAUAAUUGCUAAGUCACAUACAGGGUGCAGCAUAAAAGUGGAAAAUUAAUUGGUCGUUGGGAUAUUUUGUUUAGGGAUGAUUCGAUUUAUCCAUUUCAAUUAGUGUAAAAUUAUUAUGUAUUAUAUUUAGCAGAGGUGGAUCAUAUCAUUUAAUAUGUGAGGGAUUUAAAUCAUCAAUUUGAAAUGAUGUAAAAUAAUGUUUUCUAAUUUGCCUAGUGGUGGCGGAUCAUUUAUUGAUAACUGCAAUCAAAUUAAGUAGGGCAGUUGGAUUGAGUUUUCGGAUGAUUUCCAAAAUGAUUCUUCAGUAAUUUUUGAUGGUCAAUAUUAAAAUGGUAAAAAGGUAGGUAGAUGGGAUAUUUUGUUUUUGGAUUUUAGAGGAAAAAAAAGCUUCUUGAUGUAAGAAGUUUAUUAAGCUUAUGUAAUUAAAUUUUAGUGGUGGUGGUUCAUUUAAUAAGCAUGAGUUUCCUUUAAAAUAGGGUAAAUGGAUUGAGCUGUCAGAAGGAUUUCAAAAUGCAUUUUAAUUAACAUUUAUUGGUGACUAUUAAAAUGGGAAAAAGGUUGGUAGAUGGAAUAUUAUGUAUAGGGUGGAUUCAAGUUAUCGAUUUAAAUUGAUGUAAAAUAAUGUUAUCUGAUAUGUUUAGUGGUGGGGAUCAUAUGGCGAUAAAUGUACUAGAUAAAGCAAGGUCAAUGGAUAGAACUUUAGAAUCAACUUAAAUUUUUGUUGAUAUAAUUAAUUACGGAGAAUUCAAUAAUGGAAUAAAAGUUGGCAGAUGGAAUAUUUAUUAUAAAAACAUUUUUAAGAAUUAAGUCAAUUUUAUGUAAAUUAAUUUAUACCUAUAUAUGCACAGUGGUGGUGGGUCAUAUGAUAAAGGUGGAAAAGGGAAAAAAUUAGGUAAAUGGACUUUACCAUGUCAUACAUAUUAUUAUGGUUAAAAUAUAACUUGGAAAGGAAAAUAUAGAAAUGGGAAAAAAGUUGGUUAAUGGGAUAUUUUCUUUAGAGAUAUUGAUGGUUGUGGAGAUUUUGUAAGUAAUCAAUAGUGGUAAAAAUAAAUUUAACAAUAUUUAUAUUGAUUUAGCGGUGGAGGAAUAUAUGAAAAAAAGGGUGAAGAAGUUAAGAUUGGUUAUUGGAUUGAGUUAUGGGAUGGAUUUGAUUUUUCUCAUAAUGUCAUUUUCAAUGAUGAAUAUAAAAGUGGUAAAAAGGUUGGUAGAUGGAAUAUUUUGCAUAGUUUUUAGGGAUUUUCCAUACUAUUAAAUAUUAAAUUGAUAAUUUAUUAAAAUAUUUCUAGUGGAGGUGGAUUUUAUGAUGAUGAAGGGGAUGAAAUUAAGAAUGGUAAAUAGAUUGAAGUAAUUUAUAAAGGUGAAUAAAAAAACGGAAAAAAAAUUGGUCUUUGCGAUAUUCUCUUUUAGGAUGAUUAAACUCAAUCAUGGAAAUAGAUGUUUAGCUUAUAUAUUUAAUUUUAUUUAGUGGAGGAGGAUUAUAUGGUGAACGAAGUGAAGGGACAAAGCAUGGUAGAUGGAUAGAUUUGUCUGAAAAGUUUGAUAAAAGUUAUUGGGUAACUUUUAAUGGUUCAUAUAUAAAAAUGAUAAAAAAGUCGGCAGAUGGGAUAUUUGGAAUUGGGAAUGGGUAGCAAGGAAUCUAAGAUUGAUGUAAAUAAUAUUAUAAAAAAUCUGCAUUAAUAUUUAGUGGUGGAGGAGAAUAUGAUGAAAAAUGUGAAGGGAGCAAAAUAGGUAAUUGGAUUGAGUUGGCAGAUGAAUUUAAAGGGAUAACUAAAUAGUUUCUAAUGGUUAAUAUCAAAAUGGUGAGAGAGUUGGGAAAUGUGAAAAUAAGAUAAUUCGCAGGAAAGAGAC